UGCAUCCCAAUUCAAUGUUGUGAUUUUCGUUCCUACCCAACCUGCUUCCGGUGGUGGUGGUUGGUUGUGACCCACCCAUUUCCUCCUCCAAUAAUUCAUAUCCUUCACUGUAACAAUGGAGCUUUUGAAUCCUUCUCAUCCUCCUCAUCCUCACCAUGCAGCACCUACCUCGAUUUUACACCUUGGCUUUCACCGUGUGCCCUCUUCUGUUCAAUCUCAGAUACCCCAACCUAUGGAAGAACGUGCAUGUAAGGUUCAUGUAGCCGUUGGGAAAUCGCUCGAGAAAACUGUCAACUUGCUUAAAUGGACUUUCAACCAGUUUCGGAACACAGAAAUCAUCAUAAUUCAUGUUUAUCAACCUUCUCUCUUGAUCCCCACUUUAUUGGGGAAAUUGCCAGCAUCCCAGGCUAAUCCUGAAGUGGUGUCUGCUUUUCGAAGAGAUGAAAGAGAACAGAUCAUGAGGCUUUUAAACAAGUGCUUGAGCAUUUGCCGCGCGGCUAAGGUUAAGGCUAGCAUUAUUGUUACUGAAGCUGACCAAGUCCAAAAAGGAAUUGUUGAUUUGGUUAUUAGGAACAAUAUUAGGAAGCUUGUUAUCGGAGCAGUGCCAGAAAAUUGGAUGAAAAUGAAAAGGAAUUCCAGUAAAGCAAAUUAUGCUGCCAAAAAUGCUCCCCCAUUCUGUGAAAUAUGGUUUAUCUGUAAAGGUAAACACAUUUGUACAAGAGAGGCUUCCGAAACAUCAUGUUCUUUAUCUUCAUGUACUCAACCUGAGAUUGUAGCCACAGAAAGCUUGAGAUGUGAAUCUUCUCAAUAUGGUAAGAAUGAAUUAUUCCAUUCAGAAUAUCUUCAAUCAAAUUCUGCAACAACUACCACAUGUUCCAGAAUUAGAAGUUGGGUUCAGGGUGAAAUUAUUGAAACCGAAGCCACUUUUUCAUCCAAAUCAUCCAAUUGUAACAGUCAUUGUUCCCCCCAAAAUUCUUCUGGGGUAUAUUUAGAUACAUAUUUAGAGGUCACGGAAGAAAGUAUUAAUAGUCAACUUGCUGAAACCAAAAGAGAAGCUGAGGCAGCAACAGAUGAGGCAUUUGAAGAGCUAUUGAAGUGCAAGAGGUUGGAAGUCGAAGCCAUGGAUGCCAUAAGGAAGGUCAAUUUCUUUGAAUCUGCCGUUGCACGUGAAGUGAAGCUCAGAAAAGAGGCUGAGGAUGCACUGAGAGUUACAGUACAAGAACAACAAAAGAUCUUGGAUGAGAGCGAAGAAAUUGCUGGUGAGCUACAAAUGACCAUGAGAAAUAUUACCCUACUUGAUAGUCAUUUUCAGGAAGCAAACCGAAGGCGAAAUGAAGCUGCAGACGAACUAUCACUAAUUCAAGCAUCCAUCUCAACCCUGUGGCAAGAAAGGCAGCAGAUCAGGAGACAGAAAAUGGAAGCCCUCCGCUGGCUCGAGCGGUGGAAAAGUCGUGGACAAGUUGGAGCAGCUCAUUGCAAUGGGGUCAUUGGGUUUGCUGAAGAUUUGCCUGAGUUAGCAGAAUUUUCAUUAUCAGAUCUUCAAAAUGCCACUUGCAAUUUUUCCGAGAGCUUUAAAAUCAGGCAAGGUGGAUAUGGUUGUAUAUAUAAGGGGGAAAUGUUGGGUAGGACUGUUGCUAUAAGGAAGUUCCAUCCACAUAACACGCAAGUACCCGCAGAGUUUUAUCAAGAGGUUCAAGUUCUUGGUUGUCUCCAGCACCCACAUUUGUUGACUUUGCUUGGUGUUUGCCCCGAAGCCUGGUCAAUUGUAUAUGAGUACGCCCCCAAUGGAAAUCUUCAAGACUACCUAUUCCGAAAAAGAAACAAUUCCCCUCUACCAUGGAAUACCCGAGCACGAAUGAUUGCUGAAAUCGCUAGUGCACUCUGCUUCUUACAUUCUUCUAAACCUGAAACAAUUAUCCAUGGUGAUCUGAAGCCUGAAACUAUACUUCUUGAUUCUUCGCUUAGUUGCAAGAUAUGUGAAUUUGGGUUCUGCAGGCUGGUGACAGAGGAGUCUCUCUAUCGUCCUAGUUUCCGCUUGAGCACUGAGCCAAAGGGUGCUUUCACAUAUACGGAUCCAGAGUUUCAGAGAACUGGAAUACUAACACCCAAGUCUGACAUCUACUCCUUUGGGAUCAUCAUUUUGCAACUUCUCACCGGUAGGACUCCUGUUGGAUUAACAGUUGUAGUUCGCAGCGCAGUUUCAUGUGGAAAAAUGUCUUCAAUUCUGGAUUCUUCAGCUGGAGAAUGGCCUUCAGCUGUGGCAACACGUUUGUUUGAACUAGGAUUGCAAUGCUGUCAACUAAAUCGAAGAGACAGACCAGAGUUAACACCUACUCUAGUAAGAGAAUUGGAGCAGUUGCAUGUUUCAGAAGAACGACCUGUGCCAUCUUUUUUCUUAUGUCCAAUCCUUCAGGAAAUAAUGCAUGAUCCUCAAGUUGCAGCAGAUGGAUUUACCUAUGAAGGGGAUGCCAUACGUGAAUGGUUGGAAAAUGGGCAUAAUACUUCUCCAAUGACUAAUUUAAAAUUGAGUCACCUUCUUCUUACUCCCAAUCACGCACUUAGACUUGCCAUCCAAGACUGGCUUUGCAAAUCUUGAAGGUUCGUUAAUUCAUAUAGGCUAAAUUGUUUUUUUUUUUAUUAUUAUUAUUAUUACUAUUAGAUUGGGGCUAGUUUCGUUUUAGUGUCAUGAUUUUAUUUUAUUUUUCCCGGAUGUAAAUCUAUCCUGUAUCUAACAAAACAUUGUCAAUUUUAUUUGAUCUAAACCCUUAAGUUGAAGUUAGUCAACUUUAGUUUAUGGAAA